UCUUUUGGUCAAUUCAUUCGUCCAAUUCUACAAUCAAUAAACUCAAUCCAAUCAAUCCAUUUCAUUCGGGAAAAAAAAUGGCCCCCCUCGCCAAAUCCAUCGCCCUGGCUGGUGCCCUCUGCGCCGCUCUGUCCUCCGCUGCCCCCGUCAAGCGUGAGAACAUCGUCGUCUGGGAGACUUCCACCACCGUCGAGUGGACUACCGUGGAUAUCACCACCACCGUCUACCCCCCCGCGGCCCCCACCGUCCACACCUCCGUUGUCAACCUGACUCCGGCCGUGCCGACCCCUCAGCCUGAGCCCACCGAGGAGCCUGAGGACCCGCCUAAGACCACCCAGGCCCCUCCGCCCCCUCCCAAGCCCACCACCACUACCACCACUGCGCCUCCUCCGCCUCCCAAGACCACCGAGGCCCCUCCGCCUCCCAAGACUACCGAGGCUCCUCCUCCCCCUCAAACUACUACUCAGGCCCCUCCCCCGCCCCCGCCUACCUCCGGCGGUGGCUACACCGGCUCCUGCUCCAAGGACACCCCGUGCAAGGGCCAGGUCACCUACUAUGACACCGCCACUGACCCCUCUGCCCCCAGCAGCUGUGGCUGGACCAACGACGGUGAGAACGAGGCUGUGCUGGCCCUUCCCGUUGGCCUCAUGAAGGACUCCGACUGCGGCCGCAUGGUCACCGUCAAGUACGGCGGCGUCACCAAGCAGGGCAAGGUCGUCGACAAGUGCAUGGGAUGCGACAGCUCCUCCAUCGAUAUCUCCAGGCACUUCUUCGGCGAAAUCGCCAAAAUGCUCGAGGGCCGUCUGCACGAUGUGGAGUGGUUCAUGGAAUAAGCGUUGAUCGCACGCUAGCAUCGCUUAUUCUCUCUCUCUCUCUCUCUCUUCAUUCUUCCUUUCGCUGUUGAUUCUCUUCUGCCCUUCUUUACCAUACCAUAUUUUCUCUUCUUUCCUACCUGGUUUCCAUCCGACCUUCGUUUUCCCCCAUCUUUGAUACCACCGGGAACCGGGUUAGGCAGCAAUCAGCAAUUUUUACCAUUCAUGUGAAUAGACAUUUUCGGGUUCAUUUUAAAAGCCAUUUUAUCACCCCUUGAGG